CGGCCAUGGCGAGUCCGGUAAAUUGUGAGUCCGAGCCCCGUUGAUGAAAACAGUGCUGUUGCUUGCGGCCCCACGGAGCAGACAGAACAGAAAGCGCCAAGUGGCCGCGUUGUGCACGUCCAUCUUGUGCUCCUUCCUCUUCAUCAUCCCCAUCAUCAUGGAAGUCAAGGUGGUGGAGAACAUCUACCUGCUGGUGGUCGUCACCUUGGUCAGCGUGGUGCAGAACGCCUUCUUCGCUCUCAAAGUGGAGAAGGAGUGCAACAGUCCCGCUUUCACUCGAGUGGCUUGUGCCAACCGAAACUGUAUGGAUGCCUACACCACCUUCCUGGCUCUCAUGUGGUGUGCUGGCCUGUCCCUCAGCCAAGCUCCCGCUGCAUUCGCUGGCCUGGUGUACGUGCUGGUGCGUCACAAGUACUUUGUGGGCUACAUGGGACAAAGCUCUCAGAGCACUCCUGGCUACCUGUUUGGCAAACGCGUGCUCUUCUUUCUGAUGCUGAUGAGCGCACUGGGAAUCGUCAACUUCCUGCUGGCGUACUACUGCGGGAGCAACUUUAAUAAGGAAAUUCUGGAGACCCUCACCAAGGCCACAUCCGCUCUGCUGCUCAUCCCUUAGCCCCAACAAAGAUGGACCCCCACAAAAAACAGCAACUUUUUUUUGUAACCUUGUUUUCUUUCCAUUCAUCUGAACAUGCAAUAAAAAACAUGUAGAGUAUAAAAA